AUGUCCUCCCCAAUUCGACAACUAUAUGAGGUCCUAUCCGUCUACGAGGCGAAUAGAGACUGGUCCAAAAAGGCCCGGCAAGAGCUUUUGGAGCGAGUGGCGGCGCGGCUACCACCCCUCCACCAGCCAGACGUCUUCAUGAUAGACUCGAUGUUGGAAGAGAUAGGGCUCGACCCACUCUCGACCAUCUCGAGCGAGUCACCAGAAACGAUACCUAAAAUUAGUGCACUUUCGCGCCUGAACGCCAGCAGGCUCGAUCAACCGCCACGGCAGGGGACCAUACAGUUGGGUGAUGCCAGCAAAGCUCCCUUAACCUUGUCCCCCCAACUUGCCAACUUGAUGACAACGAAGGAAAUGGCCUCCUACGUGAUGCUUCAACUGUUCGGAGAGCUUGCGGAACAAAGAAUAGAGAACUGGGCUCGCAUCGCUCGACUACUCGUCACCCAGCCCAUGGACGGUUUUGCGACUCCACAAUUCGAACCAUAG